CGCACUUCCAACAGUUUUCCUCCAGCAAGAGACACACACUCCGCUCCUAGCAAUUUCUGUGAAGGAAUAAGCCUCAAAAAAUUUUGUCAGAAUUUCUCUAAUAAAAUUUUCUAAACGAAAAUAGUAAUUCGAAAAUAUGUCUUCAUCAGAAACUUGUUGCUGUGGAUGCACUCUGGGACAGGGAACCCUUAUCAUUGGAAUUAUCAACGUUAUCGCCGGGGUUAUCUCCGUCAUCAAGGAUUCCAUCGCGGUCAAUGCCAUGAUCUUCUUCCCCGGAGAAAUUAAGGACCCCAGCUUCCAAACAAAUCCCAGUCGCUACAUCAGUUAUGGUUUCAUCCAGAUUUUUAUAGCGGUCGUGUACUUGAUUUUGUCUUGCCUUAUGGUGCACGGAUGUCGAAUUAAAAAUCACCGCUUGAUCAUGCCCUGGUUGAUCUGGACCUAUGUUUGUCUGUUCCUCGGAAUUGGCUUUGCUGUAAUCAUGUUGGUAAUUUUCGCCUUCGCUGGACAAAUCGGUGCGGGACUUUUGAUUUUCGUUAUAUUCGGAGUUAUCCUGGGAGUGCAAACCUAUUUUCUUUCCGUGGUGAGAAGAUUCGCUCACAAUUUAAAACGAGAUGUGGUCGAGGAUUAAGGUUUUUCACGAUAUUGGGAAAAAUAAUUACUGCUUUUUGCAAGAAACUAAAAUUACGAUUCGCUUAUGUAUGUAUUUACUAACCAAUUAGGUUUAUUCACUCCUCGAAUUUGGUUACCAUAAAAAUUUUGUAUUUACAAAAUAUGUACAUAUGUAUCUGUCUGCACUUUUGUUUUGAAGAUACCUUGUUUGAAAUUUCCAAAAUUGUAUUAUUGCAAGUUACCAUAGCGUCGAACUGUUUAGAAUUUUUAAUUUUUAUUUAUACGUGUAAAAAAUACGCUUCUAAAUUUCACACGCGUACGAAAUGUCUACGAACCAAAGAAAUCAAAACUUUUUGCGCAUUUGUUAAUAUCAACUCUGCAAUGACGGAGUACAUAAAUGCCCGCAUUAUGAAUUAUUAUUUAUAUAUGCAUGAUAGAUAGCUUAGAUUUAUAAAAAUCUGUAUUUACAUUGCUGCAUAAAAUUCGCUUUUUGGAAUAAAACUUACUUUCACUCCGUAAACAUGUA